AUGAAUUUUGAAUUGAGCAGCACGAAACAAAUUGGUAUUGGAUUGACAUUAUUCGGUGUUACAUUUUUCACACUUGGUAUUAUUCUUUUUCUGGAUGGAGCAUUGCUCGCUAUUGGAAAUCUGUUAUUUAUAAGCGGAUUAGUAUUGGUAAUAGGAAUCCAGCGGACAGUGGCAUUCUUUUUUCAAAGGCAUAAAGUCAAAGCAUCUUCAUUAUUUCUCGGCGGGAUUAUUAUUGUAUUAUGUGGUUGGCCGUUGUUGGGAAUCGUUGCCGAAAUCUGGGGCUUUUUUCUUUUGUUUGGUGGUUUUUUACCGGUUGCUGCAAAUUUUCUUCGACAAGUUCCCAUUAUUGGUAGUCUUUUAUGCCUACCGGGAAUAUCACAGAUUUUGGAUCGUUUAGCACCUGAAAGUCGAUAUCCAGUUUAG